AGCCUGACAUCCCCUGGACCUCGCUGACGGGGAAGGGGAUCGUGCGCGUGGUCUUCUUCCCGCUCUUCAGCCGCUGGUGGGUGCAGGUCACGUCCCCGCGCAUCUUCACCUGGCUGCUGGGCCUGCACCUCCUGCAAGGUGAGCAGCGCGCCGCCCGAGCAGGAGGGCCCGUGUGCGGGGCUGUCUGCCGGCGCCGCGCGCGGGUCUCCACGGAUCACGCCGCCGGGCACCGCCUUUGCGUCCGCUGUGAAGGGUUUUAAACGGCUGGCCGUGCUGCAUUCGCUCCGCCCAGCUCGUGAUGAAGACGCUGGGUCACGGCCCAGGAGAUCUGCCUGAUUCUGUCGGUGGGGAGGUCGCGCGAGCAGCCCCUGCUUCAGGUCCCCGUGGGUGAGAUGAGAGGAGGACGCUCGUGCCUCGGUGCAUGUCAGGGGCUCUGGCAGCGGUAGCGGCCGCGCAAGCGCCUAGAGAAGGAAGGGCUCGCACCUUCUUUACGUGGCACUGAACCUGCCACGGGUACCGCGGCUUCGGUUGUUUAUGCUGUACACGAGCGUUUUAGCUUUGCUUGCACUAUCAUGCCGCGGCUCCGUGGCCGGCUAUGGCUUUGAUACAGAAAUUGCAGGGACGGUCUCUGGCUUGUGCUCUGCAUGAGGGCAGCCUGGGCGGUUUUCAUCGUCCCCUCCGGUCUUAACAUCUGCGAUGCUAAUCAGCCGCGCGCUGUCCGCCCGGUCACUGCGGACUCUUGCAUGCGGUCGACCCCUUUGCAGUCCAACCGCUGCUGUCCUUUGAGGGAAUCCUCCAGUAGGGGAAGCAGUUUAGUGACGACACUUGUGCUGGGAAACGUGGGGCCGCUCAUCUCACGCUGCAAAGAGUUAUCUUUCAGCAGCCCUCUUUGUCUGCCGAGCUUUGUAAUAGCGAUUCCUGGAACUGAAGCUGCCUCUGCUGAAGUGGUUGCAGUUGUGUUGUAUUUCCUGGUACCUGUUGUGAGUGCAAGUGAAAUCAUUGGACCAAUGUGCCUUAUGCUACUGAUGGGAACUGUUCACUGUCAGAUAGUGUCCACCCAGGUGAACAAGCCCUCGGGGAGCAGCAGCAGCAGCAGCAGGAGGAGGAGAAAAUUACGGAAAUCUGCCGGUGGGGAUGGGUGCAGAGACACUGGCAGUUUGUCUUCUUCUGAUAAAGCUAGUAAAGGAGAAGAGCAAUCAGAAUUUCUGUCCCUCGUCAGCAGUUUGCUUGGCCUGGUCUUCCGAAGGAGAUUCAGGAGAGUGAAACUGGUAGCUGAAAAAGGGACUGAAACAGAAAACAGCGUGAGUUCUGUCAACAGUGGCGUUAAACACAGACAGUCCAGAUCCGAAUAUCGACUACUACACUUGAAAGAGAGAGAGAAACUUGCAGAUGGGGGAAAGAAUCAUCAGGAGGGCUCCAUGCACACAGGUGGCAUUUCUGAUGAGCUGUCAAGUGACGAGGAUGCUGAAGCUGUGGCACAGAGGAUUUUGUUACGCAGAAGCGUAGAAGGGGCCUCCAGUGACAAUAGCUAUGAGGACAAGAACAGGAAUCCUCUCAUUUCCCCAAACCAACCUGUGUCCCAGGUUAAGCAAGCUGGUAAAGGUACCAGAGAUUCUGACAGCCUGGUAGAAUCCGAACUCGAAUCGACAGCCUUUAGUCAGGAAUCCAGGUCUUGUUUUAGUGCUGGGUCCCGGAGCUGCAGCAUCUCCCGGAGGGACUCGGAGAGCACCCGCCACGAUUCAGAGACGGAGGACAUGCUUUGGGAUGACCUGCUCCAUGGGCCAGAGUGCCGCUCCUCCUAUACCAGUGACAGCGAAGAAGCUAACAUGAGAGGAAGUAAACGGGAUCUGAAAGAGGAUGUUUUCCAGCAGAACCAUUUGUUCUGGCUACAGAAUACCAGCCCUGCAUCUGCAAGAGUGAGUGCCCUCAUCUGGGAAGGGAACGAGUGCAAGAAGCUGGACAUGUCUGUACUGGAGAUCAGUGGCGUUAUCAUGAGCAGGGUCAAAGCCUAUCAGCAGGGAGUGGGCUACCAGAUGCUGGGCAACACCAUUACCAUCGGGCUGGCGUUUCUUCCCUUCCUCUACCGGCUCUUCCAUACCAAGAACCUGGAGCAGCUGUGCUCCAUUUCUGUGAAGGACCUGCUGCAUGUCUUCUGUGGGGCGCCUACCAUUACCCCUGUCAUCAUCCUGGCUGUGAUUAACUUCCUCGAGCGGCUGUGCUUAACCUGGAUGUUCUUCUUCAUGAUGUGCGUUGCUGAGAGAACCUACAAACAGCGCCUUUUGUUUGCCAAGCUUUUUAGCCACAUCACAUCUGCUCGGAAAGCCAGGAAGUAUGAAAUCCCUCACUUCAGACUCAAGAAAGUGGAAAAUAUUAAAAUAUGGUUAUCCCUUCGCUCCUAUCUGAAGAGGCGAGGGCCCCAGCGAUCUGUGGACGUAGUUGUAUCUUCCAUCUUUUUACUGGCUCUGUCAAUUGCUUUUAUAUGCUGUGCACAGGUGCUAAAAGGUCACAAAACAUUCCUGAACGCUGCUUACAAUUGGGAGUUUCUGAUCUGGGAAGCAGCCCUCCUCCUCUUUUUACUGCGCCUGGCAUCCCUGGGCUCUGAGACCAACAAGAAGUACAGCAAUAUCUCAAUCCUGCUCACUGAGCAGAUAAACCUGUAUUUGAAGAUGGAGAAGAAGCCAAACAAGAAGGAGCAGCUCUCACUGGUGAACAAUGUGCUAAAACUGUCUACAAAACUCCUGAAGGAGCUAGACACGCCCUUUAGACUCUACGGUCUGACCAUGAACCCUUUAAUCUACAACAUUACGCGUGUUGUGAUCCUGUCGGCUGUUUCAGGUGUUAUAAGUGAUCUUCUGGGAUUCAACAUCAGAUUAUGGAAGAUUAAACCGUGAACUGACCACACGCUGCAACUCAGCACUCCCCUUCCAGGCAGAGGGGCAGAGCAGAGAGAAGAGGGACGGUGGCUGGCUGCAGAGUGCUCGCAACCUCCGGCAGAUCUUUCACCAGUAUUUCUUACCUGGAGGUUUGGUUUGUGUCAAAGGGUCACCCACAGCUUAUUUCAUCACCUGCAGAAUAAACGGGUGAAGCCAACCCACAACCCACUGCUGAGUGAUGCAGUGAAAUUCAGGGCUGCAAGAUGAACACACUUGAGCCAUCAGUUGCCUAGCAGAGUCAUGCUGCUUACACGAGGAGGGCUGUUUCCCACCAGGAGAGAGGAUAGUUUCGAGGACACUAAUGCACGACACCAACCCACAGGCCUUAGCAGAACGAGCGAACAGGACUGCAUCCGUGUGUGAGACGCCUUAAAGCACUCCGGGGGCAGUUCAGCAGCUACCUACUGUCAGUGGGGUACACGUAUCCACCUUCAUGGCAGUAGGUUGGAGGAGGUGGGUCAAGGCCAUCUGGUAAGUCUUAAAGCUUUCCACUUCGCCGUGCCUUAACUCUAUAGACACACCUGCCUCAGAAGGGUAAGGCCCAAAUCCUCAGUGACAAAACCGAAGAGCAGGCUGAUGGGCACCGCGGUUGCUCAUUUGUUUCUCUUCACGUGUUACUUGUGAAGAAGCUUCCCCCAGAGGCACAGCUCCACUGCGAGGUGCAGCUCACAGUCUCCCUUCCUUGUGGUACGCUGGCUAGUUUCUAACAUAUUACGGUUGAAGUCGGUCACGGAGCUCAUGUUCUGCCAGAACGAAGGGAUCCCUUUUCAUAACGUCCUUCCUCCCGCUCACAUCGUAAGGGGCAGGCUGGCAAAGGUCCCUUUUUGUAAUAAAUCAUUUCUGCAAAACUCUUUGCUGUACCACGAGAGGCUGCGAGAUGGAAAAGCAAGUGACAAUAGUUAACAAAAUGUCUGUGUUUAGGUACAAAUAAAACUACAGAAGCAAACGAU